UUCCUCUUCCCUCCCUGCGUUCCAAGCUCGCUUCCUUCUCUUCAUUUCCCAUACCGUUUUACUUCUCAUUCUUCUUCUACUUCUUCAACUAUGGGUAUCACCUCCAUCGCCUCUCCUUUCGACGCCAUCCUCUUUGAUUUGGACGACACCUUGUACCCCUCCUCCACCGGAAUUGAUCCCUGCGUCAAGAGAAACAUCGAACUCUUUCUCAUAGAGAAAUGCGGAUUCUCAGAAUCCAAAGCGCUCACUCUCCGAGUUGAACUAUUCAAAACCUACGGAAGCACCCUCGCCGGUUUGCGAGCUCUUGGUUAUGAUAUCACCGCAGAUGAAUACCACAGUUUCGUGCACGGAAGGCUACCUUACGACUCCAUCAAGCCUGACGCUCAGUUACGGAACCUCCUCUGCACUAUCAAACAAAGAAAAAUUGUUUUCACCAAUUCGGAUAGGAUUCACGCGAUGAGGGCUUUGGAUAGGCUUGGGAUCAAGGACUGUUUCGAGCAAAUUAUUUGCUUCGAGACAAUUAACCCGAAUCUCCCCAACGCAACCCGACCCGACGAAUUUCCCGUCCUCCUCAAACCAUCGCCGGACGCCUUCAAGAUCGCGCUCCACGCUGCCAACGUGGAUCCUCGUCGUACGCUGUUUCUGGAUGACAGCGUUCGGAANUAA